GGGCCUAAUGGGCGCCGUUCAUUGUCCCGGCGGAGCGGCGGUGCGGAGGCCACUGAGUCAGCGUGGGCCCGGGUGGCCUGCUGAGCCCUUGGCUUUGCCUGUGGGAGUCUGCCUGUCUCUGGCGGGGCUGUUAUCGCUGGUGAAGACCUGUGUCCACGUCUCUGGGUGUCUGCCUUCCCCCCAUGUCCGUGAGGUCUCUGUGUGACGGUUCCAUCCCGUGUCGAGGCUUUUCCUCUCUAUCUGCGUGUCUGUGAGCAUGGCGGGUGUGUCUCGCCCACUGGUUACCUGUCUUGUCUGUCCAUCUGUGUCAUAUUUGGAUGCUGCUGGAUGUUUUUGUGUGUGGCUGUGGGGUUGAGUGGGGGUGGGGGAAUAUCUGGAUGUGCCCCUCCCACAAGUGCAAGUGAAAGACGGUAUACACCGGGACAGGUUGCCUAGCAGGGUCGUCUCCCUUCUAGCCCCACGAGUCUCCUAGCCUGGGGUCCCCGAUGCCCCUGCUCCUUCCUGCCUCUCUCAGCCUUGACUGGCUCAUAGACGCCCUGGAUGGGCUGGGAGCUUGGAAGGGCAGGAAGUGUGUGGGUGACAGGACGUGGGCGCUGUUUCUAUUGCAUCCUCUGUAAGUGCCCCCUUAGAGGGGAUCAAAGACCCCUACCCGCUCCUGACCAGGGGCUGAUUUGUCUGCGGACUGUGUACUGGGCCCUCAGAGUGCCAUGCGUGGCCCUUUGGUGGGUCUGCCUCAUUCACAGGCCUCCAGUAACUGAGUUAAGGACCCUCAUCAUCCCCAUUUUACUCUGAGGUUCAGAGACUUUAAGUGAAUCACUUUAUACCCACCCAUCCAGGUUCCAGAGCCCCCACACUUAACCACCACACAAAUGGGGGUCCAAAUCCUUUUUUUCUUUGGGCUCAUCUGAGACAAAGUUGCAGGAUCUUUCCCCAUGACAAUUCUCCCCUUCAAAACAAUGGAAGGAAGGAGAGGGAUGGGCAGCCACUGCCUUUUAGCCACACAUCUUUCAGGCCACGCUAGGUUCCACGGUCGCCAGCCCCAUGCACAUGUCCUUACAGGGCCAUUGUGCCUUCACAGGCUUCUUUCUCUCCCCCCAAAAUUGUAAAUUAUAGUUUGUGAUUGCAUUGUUAUAAAGACAAACAUAAUCCGGGAUUAGAUUCACCUUUUUUUCUUGUGAUUUUAAAUAGAUGAAGGCAUUCCUGCAGUUCUACAGGUGUCAGGGCCCAGGCCCUCCGGGCCGCGUGUAUAUAAGUUGGCUCUGGUCGUGUCCACGUUUGGCCAGAGGAGCAGUGUUCUUGACUCCGUGGUGUGAGGAUAGGAGUCAGCAACUGCCAGUCCGGAAAGAAUGCCUUUUUAAAAAUUAAACUGUUUCAAGAAACUAUGACAGUAAUACGCAGUCACUGCCCCCAGGGACCCAACCAAAGGAAUCAAGUCAAUAACCCCCUUCUCAUUCCCACACUGUCCCCUUGAGGCCCCACCUGAUGCCCGUCUUGCCCCACCAUCCUGCGAAUUGGACAUGCUGCACAGAAGCACAGACACCCAUGUGUGCCCAUUCAUCUCUACACAGGGGUUAGCGUUGGGUAUAAACCAGGCACCUUGCUUUUCUCACUCGGUGGCAUUGCAGAGAUGUCAGCAGAUGCAGAACUAACCGCUUCCUAGAGGCCACCUGCCCCUUCGCGGUAUGGCUACCCCGCCACGCAGUUGGCCGUUUCUUUACUGAUGGACACUUACUUGUGUCCAAGUUUGUGGUUGGCUGGUUGGUCUUUUGCCUCGAGGAGCAGUGCUCCAAUAAACAUCUUUUUUCUCUAAAAACCUUUUACAUGGAGCUUUUAUUGCCACGGGCAGUGUCUCAGGAACACAGUUGCUGGGGUUUGGGGAUUCGCGCACUGCCAGCCCACUCUCCAGAAAGGUGGGGGACUUGGUUCCCGCAGGGGACAGCGAGAGGGCUGGUUUUUGUGUCUUCGCUGGUGCUAGAAGUUUGCUUAUCUAUUCACUCAUCUCCAUGUUGGGUGCCUUCCUGGGGCGUCCGUUCUGAUGGAGGGAAGACGGGACGAACUGGAAAGCAACUUUUUAAAAAGACAGUUUUCACUUGAUGCUGUGUGUGCUCGAAGAAGAUGGGGGGGAGUGUUGGUGCUGUAGCUUGGGGGCCUGGGAGAGGGGGAUUCUCCAGGGAAGGGGACCUUUGAGCUGGUGGCGAGGAGGAGCCACAUGCAGAAGAGCAUUCCCUGGAAGAACCGCAGUUGGAAGGCCAGUGGGCCUGGGGCCAAGUGUCCUGUAGAGGGAGGAGAGAGGUCGGAGGGCAUCAGUCAGGGGCCGACCGUGAGGGCCGCGCGGGCUGCGAAGACGGCUGCGAAGACGUUGCUGGUGUCUCAGGCCCUGGAAGCCGCUGGAGAGCUUUAAGCCGGAGCACGCGCUUCCUGUGGGCAGGCACCGCGCCCUGGAGUUUACAGACGUGAAGGGGUGGCUCCUUUGUGACUCAGUGGGGCUUCUUAGCCGCCCCACCACCGACACCCGCCAUGGGGGGCCAUCCUGUGCGGCUGGGCUGUUGAGCAGCCUCCCUCGUCUACCUGUGCUGGGCGCCCCCCGCAGCAGGCCUCCCCAAGCUGUGGCGCGUACGGGUGUCCCCAGACUCUGCCAGCGGCUGCCCCACAGGCCUCUCUGCCACCUGUCCUGUGUGUGCCCCCAAUGAGCUUAAAACUGGGGACAUUUGGCCUCAAAAAGACUCGUUUUCUUGUGGUUCUUACUCCUUACGAAGCAUUAGAAUUAUCUUGGAAGCUUGUUUGGGAAUUCUGAUGCCUGGGCCGCACCCCGGUUCAGAGGGUCUGGGCAGGGGCCCAGGAACCUCCUUUCUGAAUAAGAAACACCCCUGCUGGUUCUGGCUUGAGGACACAGCGCAGUGGCUAAAGGGCCUUUUGGGGCAGAAGACUGGGUGUGUCUGGGUGUCCUGAGGGGUUGGAGGCUUAGGAGGCGCAUUCUGGCCCAGCAGAGGGAAAGCCUGUGUCCAGUGAGAGGCGGCAGUGGCACAGAAAGCUCCCCGUCGCGGGCGGUGCGCGAGUCCCGGCGGGUCCCCACGCGGCCAGGGCUGAGCCGGCGUGUCUUGAACGCCAGCAGUUGGCCCUGACCUGUGCCACCCGUCCUGCUUCACUUUGCCUUUUCUUUAAACUGGCUCACUGAGUCGUGCUUGGAUUUUUUAGCUUAAACCGACUUCAAAGGGGUCCUCUCGCUGUGUGACUGAUUUAAAUAAAGCUGGGUGUUGGUGGGCGUGGCUAUAAAAGGAGGCAAACAUUAACACAAAUUAAAAACGCAAUUCUGGCUAGAUACUAUGGGGCCUGUAAUUUGGGGGAGAGUAGGCAGGGCAGGAGGGGUGGCAGGACACCCCCGCUGCCCCUGAGCAUGUAGGACGAGGAGGAGAAUCAAGCUGGGCUGCGUGUACCCUUCGCAGUGCCCCAAGCUCCCCGCCUAGGCCCCCAGGCGGCCCUGUCGCGCUCUGGGGACAGACUUGCCUGGCGCCGUGGUAACAGCAGUUGCCGGCAGUGCCCCUUACCGUGCGCCGCUCGCUGCCGGAUCCUCUCGGGUCUCUGUUGGUUGAACCUCACGGUCACCCCGUGGGACGGGGCGCAAGCAUCCUCGGGGUCGGGUGCAGCUGGGGUACCUGGUGGGGCCUCGGGCCAACACGGACCCAAGAGUGGGGUCUGGGAGGAGGCAGGGGUGCCGUUGCCCCCCCAGCCCGCGGGAGCGGGAGCGUGCACAGGGGUCUGGGCGCGCGCUUGAAAGGCGACAAGCACGUGGGCCCGUAUGUGCUCUGGUCUCAGCUGUGCGGUCGUGGGCGAGUGGCUUCUCUCUUUGGGCCUCAGUUUCCUCAUCCGAGAAACAGGGCGGGUGGAAGUAGUACCAGCCUUUAGGGUGUUGGGAGGAUUAAAUGGGACGCUUGCCGGGUGCCCUGCCUGCGAUGGUCGCCCAGGUGUGUGUGCCCUCCCUGCCUGUUUCCUACAGGGUGUGCGUCUGCCUCGCAGGGCAUCGUCUUUCUCCCCCACCCCAGGCUGUGUGUCCCCCGUCACUGUGGGCGCUGGAGGGAUGGUCGCCCAGCUGCCGACUGAUGAAGCCCAGGGGACCAUCCCAAGAUACACAGCCGCCAAGAAAGCUGGGAGUGGAGUCAGUGACUUCAGGGAUGUGGCUGCGGACUCCCCCCAGGAGGAGUGGCAGCGGCUGCAGCCUGCCCAAAAGAACCCGUGCAGAGAUGUGAUGCUGGAGACCUACAGGAACCUGGUCUCGCUGGGGAUCUAUCCUUUAGAAAUCUUCCUAUAGGUGUGCAAAGUUUUACACAGGAAGAAAAAGAGGAAUGACCUGCAUGCCCAUCUGUACGAGACUGACUAAACAUGUCAAAGCGUGUUUUGAUAUGAUAGAAACCCUGCAGCUCCUCAAAGACUUGGAGACUAGACCUGAAAUGAAAGAAUCGGGUCCCAAGGAGGUCAUUGCGGAAGACAGAGCGCUGGUCGGGGCGGUCGCGCAGGGACCUGAGAGGAGCGGCGCGUGGGUCCCCGCCUUUGGGGGCAUGUGGACGCGGGAAGCACGAGGGCCUGUGCGGAGCGCGCGGGACCGGCCCGGGCCUUGGACCCCGGGCGGUGUGAGCCUCGGGCCUCGGUCAGCCGCGGCCCUGCCCUGGGCUCCCCGCCGCGCGAGCCCCCGAGAGAAGAGGGGGCCCGGCGGCUGGGCAUGCGCAGGGAGAGCAUCCCGAGGGGCUUGGCGCCCUCCACGCCGGACGCGGUGGGGAAGCCCUUUGGCUGCACGGAGUGCGGCAAGGCGUUCGGCCGGAGCUCGUCCCCGCUGAAGCACCGCCGGAUCCACACCCGGGAGCAGCCCUUCCAGUGCGCCGCGUGUGGCAAGGCCUUCAUGGAGCGCUCCUCGCUCACCAUCCACCGUCGCGUGCACACCGGCCAGAAGCCGUACGCGCGCGGCGACUGCGGCAAGGCCUUCAGGCAGAACAUGCAUCUCGUCGUGCACCAGCGCACGCACACCGGGGAGAGGCCAUACGUGUGCGGCGACUGCGGGCGCGCCUUCAGGCAGAACAUGCACCUGACGGAGCAUCGGCGGACGCACAUGGGCGAGAAGCUGUUCGCGUGCGCGCAGUGCGGCAAGGCCUUCGGCCAGAGCGCCUACCUCAUGGAGCACCAGCGCAUCCACACCGGGGGGAAGCCGUACAGGUGUGGCCAGUGGGGCAAGGCCUUCAUCAAGAACUCCUCGCUCACCGUCCCCCAGAGGACCCACAGCUGGUGGGUCCUACAGCUGCGGCGAGUGCAGCAAGGCCUUCAGCCGCAACACCAACCUGACGUGACACCCGAGGAUCCACACCUAGGGGGCCUGCCAUAGUGCGCCCCAGAACCCACACCUGGCGGGCCCUCCGCCCGGGAAGUUCUGACAUGGGACCCCCGGGUGGCCGGUGUGAGGCGAGGCCCGCCCCAGCGGCUCCCAGAGUGGGGGCAUGGGACAGGCUCCUGCCCUCCGGGGCGCAUGCCUGUGCCAGCGGUCAGCAAGGCCCUGUGCAACUGCUGUUUCAGGGAACACGGGUGGUUCCCUGAGGCUGGCAGCUUACGGAGCGCCAGGACGCGAGGGCAUCCGGUUCCACACCACGUCUCUGGGUAAAUCGUUGCAAGAGCGUGGACGAAGCCUCAAGGGCCCCGGGUCUCCCGCAGUGAACACAGGACAUUUCUCCCUAGCCACACACCCUGGAGCCAGUUGAGAAGCAGGCGGUCUCUGUAAGAUAAAUUCUAACCAAAAUAAGCAGGUGACGAGAGGCAACAAAGGGCCAGGCAGUUUAUUUGAGCGCAAUUCCGGCGAUGUUCCCCGGUCUGGCUAGUCACAGGUCAGGGAAGUCGCGCCCAGCCGGGCAGGCAGCGAGUUUUUGAAGAAGGCAGGGGGAGGCAGAGCUUAGAUUUACGGCGGCGCGAGGAUUGGCCAGCCUGAGGCACCCUUUUCAGGUUGGGAGGGGGCAGCAGCCGGGGACUUUGGUACAUCAUCAGUGUCUGACGUGCUCACCCCUCCCUCCGGUGCCUCCAGCCUUACAGUCUCCACCUGCGAGCUUGCUGGGCAGGGUAGGCACGAGAGGGGCUGCGUCCUUCCCAAGCCCGGCGCCCCUGUGAACUUCUUACCAAAUAUGCUGGAAGCCCCCAGCCAGUAGCGUGGAAGUUGGCAAGUUGUUUGUGAGGGGUACAAUUUUUUUUUGAAUUAGCAAAUAACAGUAGCCACUUCAGAUGCCACAGUUUCCAUAGUUGUCUGUUAAAUUUUUUAAAAAAUAACACUUUUAAUUAAGGGAGACCAAUGUCAUUUUGAAUAGUCAUCAGCUGCAGAAAAAUACAGGUACCAGUUGCCCUGUCAAAAUCCGCGUCAGUGCUUGUGGAGAGAGGGGCAGGCCGGGGAGCAGCCAGAGGCUUGGCCUUCAAGUGUAAAUACUUGGGGACUGAAGGAGCAAGCGCGUCGGGGCACAGACCAUCCGUUCUUAGGGUUAUUUUUGAAGCUAAACUUGAGGGCACCUCCGGGUGUUUCCCAAGGCCGACCUGAAGUUUACAGGAGUUCCCCCAGUCUCCUUUCUCUGGUGUCUUCCAUGCCACCCUUUAUUUUAACCCUUUGUGCUGCUCACCACAGAUGUCCUGGUGUUUCCAAAUGUCCCGCACUUCCUGACACUGGUGUACACAAAGAAUAAAUAAUUCGUUUUUAAAAAUCA